CACUUUUUUAUAGCUAGUUUUGGCAGAUGUUCAACAUGGAUUUGAGAGAUGAAAAUGCUGCGGUGAGCCAUACCACCUUGGAAAUGGAUUCUGGAGAAAAGCGUCUUAACGAGCUUGGAUACAAACAAGAACUAAGAAGAGAAAUGACUUUGUUCAAGACACUUGCAAUAACAUUUUCAAGCAUGGCAGUUUUCACUGGAACACCUUUGUAUGGCCCAAGCUUGAAGUAUGCAGGGCCUGCAAGCAUGAUAUGGGGAUGGGUGGUGACCACAUUCUUCACUUGGUUUAUUGGAAUUGCAAUGGCUGAGAUCUGCUCUUCUUUCCCUACAACUGGUUCAUUGUACUUUUGGGCUGCACAUUUGGCUGGACCUAAAUGGGGGCCAUUUGCAUCAUGGUGCUGCGUUUGGCUGGAGGCUAUUGGUCUCAUUUCUGGAAUUGGCGCCCAGGCCUAUUCAGGGUCACAGGCAUUGCAGAUUAUCAUUCUUCUGUCUACUGGAACCAACAAAGGUGGAGGAUACUUUGCUUCUCGAAGUGUUUUCUUGUGCAUGUAUAUGUGCCUCACAAUCAUAUGGGCAGUUCUCAACACCUUUGCUUUACGGGUCAUCGCAAUCCUUGAUAUAAUCUCAAUAUGGUGGCAGGUGAUUGGAGGCUUGGUUGUGAUCGUAAUGCUUCCUCUGGUGGCACGACCAACACAACCAGUUUCUUAUGUGUUCACUCAUUUUGAAACAUCUCCUGAUUCAACUGGAAUAGCAAGCAAACCUUAUGCAGUGAUUCUCUCUGUACUCCUUAGCAACUACUGUCUAUAUGGCUAUGACACAGCAGCUCAUUUGACUGAAGAAACCAAAGGGGCUGAUAGAACUGGUCCUAUUGCCAUACUUUCUAGCAUUGGAAUCAUAUCGGUAUUUGGGUGGGCUUAUAAUUUGGCUCUUACAUUCAGCAUUAAGGUAUGGUUUUCAGAGUUACCUUUUUUAUUUUUUUUGGGAUUUCUUGGUAGUAUUACUAUUAAGUUGAUAUUCCAAAGUGUGAUUCUAUUGCAGGAUCCAAACUAUUUGUAUGAUGUGAAUAAUGAGACAGCUGGGGCACUUGUUCCGGCACAAAUAAUCUAUGAUGCAUUCCAUGGCAGGUUUCAGAAUUCUGCUGGAGCAGUAGUUUUUCUCUGCAUUAUUUGGGGAUCUUUCUUCUUUUGUGGACUUUCGGUGACUACCAGUGCAGCCAGAGUGGUAUAUGCCUUAUCAAGGGAUAGGGGGAUCCCAUUCUCACAAAUUUGGAGAAAAGUUCACCCAAAGCGUAAGGUUCCAACAAAUGCCGUUUGGCUAUGUGCGGCAAUCAGCAUCAUUCUCGGCCUACCAAUCUUGAAACUUGAUGUAGUAUUCACUGCUAUUAUAUCUAUCAGUACAAUAGGAUGGGUUGGUAGCUACGCUGUGCCAAUCUUCGCUAGACUGGUGAUGGAUGAGAAGAAUUUCAAACCAGGACCGUUUUACUUGGGUAGAUCAAGCAGGCCAGUCUGCUUAGUAGCCUUUUUGUGGAUAUGCUAUACCUGUUCAGCCUUUCUACUACCGACUCUUUAUCCUAUCCAAUGGAGAACGUUCAACUAUGCACCGAUUGCCCUGGGUAUAGUUUUGGCAUUGGUGAUGCUUUGGUGGAUUCUGGAUGCAAGAAAGUGGUUUAAUGGACCUGUAAGAAAUAUAGACAUGCAGGUGCAGAAUGGAGAUAGAAAUGCAGUCUGAUACCUUGAAGU